AUGCGCUAUCGAGCGUUUUCCUUAUUGAUAUGUAUUUCUACAAUACUAUUACAAAAUCAUCUUUUGAUUUUGGCCUCAUAUUGUGGUGUGAAUGGUGUUCCAUAUAGUCUAGAAAUUUUAUCAGAUGGUGAGAUUUUUCUAUAGUUUUCAGUUUUUAGUAUCCAUUUUACAAAUUUCUUUCCAGGAUCACCAGUUCUCGGUUGUGCUCAACCGACUUGUAUGGCUGAGCCAACUGAAGAUUAUGAGGAUAGUAAUUUUAUUGCGAAUAAUGCUGGGCAAGAGGAUGGAUUUUUCCGCGAAGGAGAUCGGCAACGAAAAAGUUAUUCGCAGAGUUAUAAACCUAAAGCGGUGAGGGAUUUGAGGGGUUUUUAUUCGUGAUUUUAAAAGCCCUGCCGGAAAAUUUUAUAUUUUGAACUCGAUAAAUAAAGUACAGAAGAUCACAAAAUUGAUAUUUUGGCUUACUUAAUCAAAAUUGAAAAAAAUAUUAGAAGCAGACUUGGAAUAGGGCGCUGAAUUUUGAUCUACCUUCAAUAAGCUUUAUUUAUUCUGAUUUUGUGCAGUAGAGCGAACCUUCUUGUCAAAAUAUUCUGAACAUUUUUGAAAAAAAAAUCAAUGAUAAAAAGUUUCUCUUUCUAAUAAAAACAUCUUGUCUCUAAUGUAAGUAGAUCAAAUUCCUGUUAUCAUUGAUUCUCCCUUUCUUCCUUCCUCCAAGAAAAAAAACGAUAGUACACAAAAAAUCAUACAUUUUUCCUUUCUUCCGAGAAAAAAAAACAAUUAUCCAUUUUGUUCCGAAGAAAAAGUGAAAUUGAUUUUGAACUAACUAACUAACUCUUCCGCCUUAUUGAAUCCUUUCAACUUAAGAAAGUGAAUCAAUCAAAAAAUGUUGGCAUUUUUCAAGUAAUUAAAUUGAAUAAUCCCAAGCUAGGCCGAUUUGUGACAAGUUUCCGAAAUCACGCAACACACCGACUAGUUGAGACCACCUAAUUGUCGGAUAUUUUACACCGAUUUAUGUCAUAGAUGCGCUUCCCGUUCUUCCUUCAUCUUUGUUACGCGAAAAUGUUACGCUUCAGAUGAACAUUUGAUUGUGUUGUGUUUGUUCGAUACAUCUAUAUAUACAAUUUACGUAAUCCAAUUGUUAUAUGUCAUGUAAAUUACACCGAUCGGAGAAAGUAAUGACCAUACAAAACUAUCCCCCAGUUUUUAUAGGGUGUUAUAACUACUUGGAACACGAUAUAUUACUACCAUGUACAUAUAAUUAGUCACUCAUUGAGAGGAAAAUAAGUGAGAACUGCAAAAAAACAGUUUCAGAAAAAAAAAAGAAAAACAAAAAAAAAAGAAAAGAGGUUUCUGUGGUUUGAAAUUAUCUUAAUCCAGAUCUACCAACUUAUAAUUUAAGAAAAAAAUUUUGGGGGGAAGAUUAAAAUUGCAGAUUAAUUUCCCUUCCCCUUCCCACAAGAAUAAAUUAUAGCCAUGACUAACCGGAUUCUUUAGGUUCCUGUAUAUUAUUUCUUAAACCAAUCAUCACCCAAUAAAAUAAAUCAAAAUCUUUGUUAGUCACCCAAACAACAAAAAAAAAGGGGAUAGAGAUAAUAAUCGCGUUUUGCAGGAAUGUCCUGGAGUUUUUUCCGAUUUGGCGUGUACCAAAAAGAAUCAAUGGGUUGGAGGAAUCGAUUUUAUUGAUCAUCCCAGACAACCGUGAGAAAAUAUUUUUUGGGAAAUUUGGUUGUGUUUGGGGAGAGAGGGUUUCGGAGAGAAUAGAGGGCUUGAAUGAAGAAAAAAACUUUUUAAAUCCUUGAAAUUACAUUUUGAACUCUCAAAAAAUCAGAUUUUUCAAAGCGUUUGAAAUUGGCUAAUUUUCGGACCUAACCAAAAACAUUUUGAUUUCAAAAUUUGAAUUUAAGCUAAAUAAAUUCAUAGGAGAUUCUAUCCAAAUUGAAAACUAAAACAAGAAAAUUUACAUUUUUGAAUUUUUUUCCCGGAAAAAGCCUCUUUUUAGAGCCCUAGAUUCAUUUUUUCAGAAAAGAGAUUCAAAAAAAUAUUUUGAAAAUUAUCAGUUUCAAGAUAUUUUUUUUUUGAAUUUCCUGACAAUCGUUCAUCCUAAAAUUGUUAGAUUUAAGAAAAAUAAGAAUCUUAUUUUUUAAACUCUUAUGAAGCCUUUUAUUUUCUCUGGAACUCUCCGUUUCCAAAUACAUAGAGCCAGAAUGUUUCUAUUCACAAAAACCAAUUUUAAUUAAAAAUAUUUAAAUUUUUUACAGACUUGUUCUUCAAUGUUGUACAUUUGAAGGAUUACGAUUUUCACAAGAUGUUGGAGUUACCACAAUUUCUGCAGGUUUGAAUUCAUUUUUUUCGUGUGUUUCCAAGUUGAAUGUUUGUUUUGUUAGGCGAAGCAGUUACUGGUGGUGAAGUGAUCCGAGAUGGUCGACAAAUAUCAUUUGAUGUGAUUGCAAAUGUUCGAAGACUGGUUGAUCCAGAUGACCGGAAAAGGUAUGUUUAUGAUUGUACUAUUUGUCCUUGAAGACAUUAAAAGUGAAACAAUCAACACGAAACCCACACAUUUUUGGUUGGUUGGUUGGAAUAAGGAUACAAAAGAAGAUUCGAAAUAAAUGGAUAAAAAAAAAAGAAAAAAACAGGAAAGAUUACAAAAUUUACGCAACAUGAUAUGUGUUUGAUAAAGGUGUUGAAAAGCCGUCUGGUUUUCAUUUGAGAAAAGACAAAAUUUUGCGCAAAAUUGGCUUAUUAUUAUUAUUAUUCAAUUCAAAACGUUUUGAUAAGAAAUAAUGUGCGCUUAUCCAAUUACAUUUUUUAAUGUCAUUGGCGCGAACAAUUAUUUCCGCGCAAUGAUAGUGAAAAGGAAAUUUGAAGCGGAAGACCUGAAUUGUUUUUGGGGAAAUGAUUUUUUUUUGGAAAAAAAUCAAUCUUUGAAGAAUAUGAAAUAGAUGAUCAGAACAAUUUAGAGAUCAUUUUUAAAAAAUAAAUUUUAACAGGAAAUAAAAUGGUUUGAACUUUCAGAACUUCGAAGAAGAUAACAAAAAUCAAAAUUAUUUUUUAUUUUUUUUAAUUUGGAAUUUUCUGAAGCUGAAAAUUUUCUUUCGGAAAAAUCGAAAACCUAGAUUUCUGAAAUUUUUAAUUUUUGAUUUGAAAAUUGUACCCGAUAAAAAAUUAUUUACAAACAGUGUAUUCAAAAAAUGCUCCUGAUCCUGUCGAAAAAUCAAGAACAUGUCUAAAAUCUGAAAAAUGCCAUUUUCGUUUUUGAGAACUUCAUAAACAUAAAAAUUGUAAUCAGUAGUCAAAUGUAUUUCUGAUCUUUCAAAAAUCCAAUAUUCUUCUUCCAGAACCUUCUACGAAGUCACUGUCCGUCGUAUCAAUUGUCUUCCCGAUCCUCCAGAGUUCGAAGUUGCAUGUAAGUCUUUCCCAAAAAAAACCGCCUGUAAUAAAAAACAAAAAAAAUAAUUCAUAUCCAUACAUAGUCUAUAUAUGAAACCACCGGUUUGAGGACCAAGUUUUUUUAAUGUCUAUGUUUCUUUUUUCAAAUGAUUGAUUGUUUUUUGUUUACCCGUUGCCGCCGUUUUGGCCGGCCGCCCAAACAAUUAAGAUUAAUGAGAAUUAUAUGUAUUACAGAUGAUGAUGAUGUGGAAAGUGAGAUAGCUAAGGUUUUGGGAAAUGCAACAAAUUCAGCUAUGAAGUGAGUGACUCAAAAUUUACCGGGUGGAAAAAUUAAAAAAAUAUAAAUUUUUGUUACAGUUUCGGUCAUGAUGGGCAUCCACAUAUGACUCAAGAGAAGAAAAUUUCAAAGAGACCAUACAAGAGAAAGCCAAAAACUUCAUCAACUCACAAGUAAGGUUUUUGAAACGGUUUAGGAUUUCGCGGUUUUUAAGUUAACCUAACUUGAGAUCUCAAAAUCUUUUUUUUUUCAGUGUGAUUUCUCCACUUGCUGGUGGACAUGAAGAGCGAAGUGAGCCAUUCAUCGGAAGUUUCGGAGCCCCGAUUUUCAAGUGAGUUUAUUUUCACCUUCUCUCUACAAAAAAAAAUAAUUUACAGCCCAACAUCUGGAAAGAAUUCUGGAGAAAUCAAGGAGCCACCAGUUCGCCCGUUCACCAGAAGAAUAUUAACCCCAAAACCAAGAAUCAUCCCAACAACAACUACACCAGCGCCAAAGCCAACCACCACAACAACAACUCAAGUGCCACCAGUUCAUGUUCAAGUUGAGCCGAUGCCCCCAAAUCCAUUCGCAUUCCAACCGCUCCCACCGUUCCCACAAUUCCCAUUCCUUCUCCCAGGAUUGCCUGCAGCUCCGCCAGCCCCUCCCCCACCGCCGCCAGCGCUUUUUGGAGUUGGACAAACUGGAAAUAUCCCACCACUUCAACCACAAUUUGGAGGAUUAUUCGGGCAUCAUCAUCAACCUGCACAGCCAUUUGGUUUGGGUGGAUAUGGUUUGAAUCAGGCGCCAGCUUAUGGAGUUCAACCGCAAACACAACCUUUGAAUAAUGAGUUUAGUGGACUGGAUUUGUAUACUCAACAAUUGUUGACAAAUCCGACAAGUCCGUUUGCUCUGCAAAUGGUGCCACCGCCACAAUUUGCACCACAACAAUAUCAGGUAGGGUUAUUUUGAGAAAAAUAAUUGUGAUCUAGAAGAUUAGAAGAUCUGCUGAUCAUGAUUCCGUGGUUAUAAACUUUGAAGAUCAACUUCAUGUAUGAGUUAUGUCGUCUCCGAGUUUCAAAAUUCUAAAAAAAAUUUCCAAAAAAAUCUGAAAAUCACAAUUUUUUCUCCACUGAACUUUUUAAUUUUUAAUAGAGAUUUUUGUUGAAAUCACGGAUCUUACUUUUAAUCUACAAUCUGAGUUAAACUAAUUCCACUGAACAAAAAUACAUUUGCGAAAUUUAUUUAAAACUUUAAAAAAUGUUCAGUCAACUCUAGAGAAAACAAAAUUUACGCUGUUAAAAUUUUCAAUUGUUCGAAAUUUACCACUUUAUCUCAUAAUCUGAAUUUGAGUUAAGCUAACUUGUCUUUGACAACGUGAUCUUAAUCAGCGGGUUAAUUUCUACAAGAAAAAAAUAUUUUCAAAUAUAAACCUUAUCUGAAAGUUUGAAAGGUUCUUUUGUUCUACAAAGAGCUCUCUGAUCCCUCAGAAUUUUAUCUCUGAAAAUCCAUAUUUCCAGCCUUUACCCCAACAACAACCAGCGCAACCAAACCUGCAAAGAGUUGCAAUUCAAGCGCCACAAAGAGAAAAUACCGUACCUGUAUAUAACGUGGAUGAACUUCCACCAUCUCAAGAAGAACCAUCAGCUGGACCAAAACAAACACAUUUAGGACAAAUUUAUCGAGCACCACCAUUUGCAGCACUUGGAACAACAUUAUAUAAUUUCCGAACUCAUACUGGAUAA